AUCACUGUUGUCUUUCUCAUAACGUAGAUGUUCCUAGGUUUUUGAAGAAGUAGUGUUUAAUUAAACCACCACCGCUCAUUCAAACAAAGCCCCACACCAAAAAUAUAUAUAUAAAAAAAAACAAAAAAACAAUCAUUCACACACAUUACAUAGACGCAGAAACUCAUCACGAUCUCCCUCUAACUCUAACCUCAUUUUUUCUCUUUGAAAAAUUCAAAAAACCCUAACCGAUCCAAUCCUCAAUCCAAUCUCCAUCGAUGGCGGAAGAACCAUCGUCAGCGCCACCACAAGCGCCGUCCUCUACGGCGGCGCCGCUGGGGCACUCGGUGAUCCCGAUAGUGAACAAGCUGCAAGACAUUUUCGCGCAGCUGGGAAGCCAGUCGGCGAUCGAGCUCCCUCAGGUUGCGGUGGUGGGGAGCCAGAGCAGCGGCAAGUCGAGCGUGCUCGAAGCUCUAGUCGGCCGCGACUUUCUCCCCCGAGGAUCCGAUAUCUGUACUCGACGCCCGCUUGUUCUUCAGCUGUUGCAGACCAAGCGAAAACCCGACGGCACCGAGGAGGAGUACGGCGAGUUUCUCCACUUGCCUGGAAAACGCUUCUCCGAUUUCUCUGAUAUUCGUAGAGAAAUUCAGGCUGAGACAGACAGGGAAGCUGGGGGUAACAAAGGUGUCUCGGACAAGCAGAUUCGCCUGAAGAUUUUCUCACCGAAUGUUCUUGAUAUCACACUGGUGGAUCUCCCUGGUAUAACAAAGGUUCCUGUUGGUGACCAGCCCUCUGAUAUUGAGGCACGGAUUAGGACAAUGAUCAUGUCAUACAUUAGAAAAGAAAGUUGUCUUAUUCUGGCUGUUACGCCAGCAAAUUCAGAUUUAGCAAAUUCAGAUGCUCUUCAGAUUGCAGGAAAUGCUGAUCCUGAUGGUCAUAGAACUAUAGGCAUAAUUACAAAGUUGGAUAUUAUGGAUAGAGGUACUGAUGCCCGUAAUUUACUGCUGGGAAAAGUGAUUCCCCUCCGACUUGGUUAUGUGGGAGUUGUGAAUCGUAGUCAAGAGGAUAUUAUGCUUAAUCGCAGUAUUAAAGAUGCACUUGUGGCUGAGGAAAAGUUCUUUCGCAGUCGUCCAGUGUAUAAUGGUUUAGCUGAUCGUUGUGGUGUUCCUCAGUUGGCAAAGAAGUUGAACCAGAUUCUAGUUCAACAUAUCAAGGCAAUACUACCUGGGCUUAAGUCGCGCAUAAGCUCUGCACUGGUUUCUGUUGCUAAGGAGCAUGCAAGCUAUGGAGAAAUCACAGAAUCAAAGGCUGGUCAGGGUGCUCUUCUCCUUAAUAUUCUUUCAAAGUAUUCUGAAGCAUUUUCUUCAAUGGUGGAGGGGAAAAAUGAAGAAAUGUCAACAUCUGAGCUGUCUGGUGGAGCGAGAAUUCACUAUAUAUUUCAAUCAAUCUAUGUGAAGAGUUUGGAGGAGGUGGAUCCAUGUGAGGACCUAACUGAUGAUGACAUUCGAACUGCCAUUCAGAAUGCAACUGGUCCUAGAUCUGCUUUAUUUGUUCCAGAAGUUCCGUUUGAGGUUCUUGUUCGAAGGCAAAUAGCACGUUUAUUGGAUCCAAGCCUUCAGUGUGCCAGGUUCAUAUAUGAUGAGUUAAUGAAGAUUAGCCACCGCUGUCUAGUUAAUGAACUGCAGCGAUUUCCUGUUUUAAGAAAGCGUAUGGAUGAAGUUAUAGGGAAUUUUCUGCGAGAAGGCCUUGAACCCUCAGAAACAAUGAUUGGGCACAUUAUUGAAAUGGAGAUGGACUACAUAAACACUUCCCACCCAAAUUUUAUUGGUGGGAGCAAAGCUGUAGAGGUUGCACGGCAACAGACUACAUCUUCGAGGAUCCCUUUAACUGUUUCCAGGCAAAAGGAUGGUGUGGAACCUGAUAAGGCACCAGCAUCUGAAAGAAGUCUGAAAUCGCGAGCCAUUCUUGCCAGGCAAGCAAAUGGAGUUGUGUCUGAUCAGGGUGUUCGGCCUGUGGCAGAGGUUGAAAAAGUCUCUUCCUCAGGAAACCCAAGUGGUUCAACUUGGGGAAUUUCAUCAAUUUUCGGUGGAGGUGAUAACCGUAUUGCCGCUAAAGAGAGCUUCACAAACAAGUCAUAUAUUGAACCUGUUCACAGUAUGGAGCAAUCUUUAUCUAUGAUCCAUUUGAGAGAGCCCCCAACUAUCUUGAGGCCUACAGAAGGUCACUCAGAGCAGGAGGCUGUUGAAAUUGCAGUGACAAAAUUGCUUCUGAGAUCAUAUUAUGACAUCGUCCGGAAGAACAUUGAGGACUCUAUACCUAAAGCAAUUAUGCACUUCCUGGUAAACCAUACAAAACGUGAGCUGCACAAUGUUUUCAUCAAAAAGCUUUACAGAGAGAAUCUGUUUGAAGAGAUGUUGCAGGAGCCUGAGGAGGUAGCAAUGAAGAGAAAGCGCACUCGAGACUCACUCCGAGUUCUUCAACAGGCUUUCAGGACAUUGGAUGAGUUGCCUUUGGAUGCUGAAACAGUUGAGAAGGGUUACAGUUUUGGUGCUGAUCCGACAGGGUUGCCAAGGAUACAUGGACUGCCAACAUCAUCGAUGUAUUCUACGAGCAGUUCUGGUGAUUCGUAUUCAGCAUCUCCAAAAAACCAUAAGUCACGAAAGUCUUCUCACUCAGGGGAGCUUCAGCCACCAUUUUAUGGUAAUGCAGAUUCUAAUGGAAGUGGACGCUCUUACAUGCCAGGUCUCUAUCCGACGGUGGAUUCAUAAGGCAUUUGAAUUUGCUGUGUAUUGGUCCAUGUCUUAUUAACAAUUACAAGGCAUAUAUUCAUUUGACUGCCCUGUCCAAUUUUGGAGAUGGUUGGAAUUCGACCUUCCAGGGCUGGCUCAUCAGGGAGUUGGCAUUUUCUUCUAACUAGAUUUGUGCAAAGCCAGAUUUUGGUAUUGCUUUCAUCUUCAUAUAUUUCUGUUUUGUUCCUCCAAUAUUAUAUAGGUUUUAAUUUCAUUGUUUACAAGGGUCGAAAAAGAGUAACAGGGUCCCUAUAAUCUCCCUAUGUCAGAGGCAGCAGCUUUCUAUAUAUAUUUAUAUAUUUUUUUUUCCAGCAAGCUUUCUGGUUUGAGAUUUGUUGAAUUGUGAUGAUUUUCAGCCAAUUGUGUCAGUGUCUUUGAAGUACAUAUGCUAGUACUCUACUCCCCCAUUUGGUGGAGAGCACAGUAACACUAACUCUUUCCGUUACC